AUGGCUUCAACAACCCUCUUCCGCCUCGCUACGCGCACUCCGGCCACCUCUUUCUUCAAGGCCGCUCCAUACGCCGCUCGUGCCAGAGUAUCCGCUGCCGUCCCUGCCCCCGUCUUCAGAGCCAGCGCAUUCAGCACCACUCCCAUGCGAUUCAGCGGUGCUCACGAGGAGGAGACCUUUGAGCAGUUCUCUGCCCGGUUCGUCAGCGCCAGCCGAUUUCCCAGACUUGAACCCAUCGAGAAAAAGAGCCAUUGCAUAUCCAAUGAAACAGAAAUACUGAUUGAAAAUAUUAUAUGGAUGUUUUCGAGCUGCAGGUUAGAUGACCUUCAUUGGCAUUUUUUGUUUUUUGCCUUCCACCAGACGACUCAUGUGGUUUAUUUAUAUUUGCAGAGAAACCUUAACAACGCUUUUGCUUACGAUCUCGUCCCAUCCGUUGCCGUCAUGACUGCUGCCCUCAAGGCUGCCCGAAGAGUCAACGACUUCCCCACCGCCGUCCGUGUCUUCGAGGGCAUCCGAUCAAAGGUUGAGAACCGAUCUCAGUACGAGGUGUACCUCGAAGAACUCAAGGAUCUAAGAGAGGAGCUCGGUAUUGUUCUCCAGGAAGACCUAUACCCACAGGAGUCCAAGUAG